CGGCCGUUGCCGUAAAGGCCGCCAGGACGCCGUAAAGCGUCCCGCGGAGGCGGCGCACUAAGAUGGCGGCGGCUGGGCCCGGAGCCGGUGGCGGAGGAGUAGUAGCCGGGGGCCGCGGGGCCCGCGCCUGAGCGACGGCCUGGAGCUGCCGGCAGUCGGUUGCCAGCGAACCUCCAGCCCUGGCCUCGGCACUCGCUGCCCGUGACGCCGCCGCGCUCCGGACAGGGUGAACGCACAAGAAAAGAAAAUGUCGGAUAAAGGGAGCAGCAUGGACGGGAAGACGGAUAUAGUGAAUGGUAGUUUGUCUAGCAGCCCAGAGGAGAUGUCAGCUGAAGAAGGCCGAGAAACCUCCUCUGGUAUCGAAGUGGAGGCCUCUGACCUCAGCUUGAGCCUUACAGGAGAUGACGUGGGGCCCAAUCGCACCAGCACAGAGAGCCGGGACACGGACACGGAGAGCUCGGGGGAAGAGAAGGACUCUGACAGCAUGGACGACACGGGCCACUACUCCAUAAAUGAGGAGAACCGGGCCCAUGACCGAUCACACUCGGAGGAGGAUGAGGAGGAUGACGAAGAGGAGGAGCAGCGGUCCCACCGCCGCGCUCAGCGCAAACGUGCCAACCACGAUCAAGACUCCUCCGAUGACGAGCAGGCCCUGGAGGACUGGGUGUCCUCGGAGACCACGGCGCUGCCCCAGCCCCGCUGGCAGGCGGUCCAUGCCCUCCGGGAAAGGGAGCUGGGCUCCAGCUCCCGCUUUGUCUACGAGGCCUGCGGGGCCAGGGUUUUCGUGCAACGCUUCCGCCUCCAGCACGGCCUCGAGGGCCACACGGGCUGUGUCAAUACCCUGCACUUUAACCAGCGCGGCACGUGGCUGGCCAGCGGCAGCGAUGACCUCAAAGUGGUGGUGUGGGACUGGGUCAGGAGGCAGCCGGUGCUGGAGUUUGAGAGCGGCCAUAAGAGCAACGUCUUCCAGGCUAAGUUCCUUCCCAACAGCGGCGACUCCACUCUAGCCAUGUGUGCUCGGGACGGCCAGGUCCGAGUAGCCGAGCUCUCCGCCACCCAGUGCUGCAAAAACACCAAGCGUGUGGCACAGCACAAAGGAGCUUCGCACAAGCUGGCCCUAGAACCGGAUUCUCCAUGCACUUUCCUAUCAGCAGGUGAAGAUGCUGUAGUCUUCACCAUCGAUCUGAGACAAGACCGGCCUGCCUCGAAACUGGUUGUGACAAAGGAGAAGGAGAAGAAAGUGGGUCUGUAUACUAUCUACGUGAACCCAGCCAACACCUACCAGUUUGCUGUGGGAGGCAGAGAUCAGUUUGUGAGGAUUUAUGACCAGCGAAAAAUAGAUGAGAACGAAAACAACGGCGUGCUGAAGAAGUUCUGCCCUCACCACUUGGUAAACAGCGAGUCCAAAGCUAACAUCACCUGCCUCGUGUACAGCCACGACGGGUCGGAGCUCUUGGCCAGCUACAACGAUGAAGACAUUUAUCUGUUCAACUCCUCUCACAGCGACGGAGCGGAGUAUAUCAAGAGAUACAAGGGACAUCGCAAUAAUGCCACUGUGAAAGGCGUCAAUUUUUAUGGCCCGAAAAGUGAGUUUGUGGUGAGCGGCAGCGACUGUGGCCAUAUCUUCCUGUGGGAGAAGUCGUCCUGCCAGAUCGUGCAGUUCAUGGAGGGCGACAAGGGAGGAGUGGUGAACUGCCUCGAGCCUCACCCUCACCUGCCCGUCCUGGCCACCAGCGGCCUCGACCACGACGUCAAGAUCUGGGCGCCCACGGCGGAAAAUCCCACCGAGCUGGCGGGCCUGAAGGAGGUGAUCAAGAAGAACAAGCUGGAGCGCGACGAGGACAGCCUCCAUCACACGGACAUGUUCGACAGCCACAUGCUCUGGUUCCUCAUGCACCACCUCCGACAGAGGCGUCAUCACCGGCGUCGGAGAGAGCCCGGAGCGCCGGACGGCGACUCGGACGAGUCUCCCAGCUCCUCGGACACCUCGGACGACGAGGAGGAGGGACCGGACCGGGUGCAGUGCAUGCCUUCGUGAGACCACCGCCGCCGCGCCGAGACCCCCCCCCCCGCGCCCCCCCUCCCAUCACCACCAAACCACCCCCCACCCACCCACCCCCCCUCCAAAAAAAAAAAAAAAAAAAAAAUCUCUACUAACACUUUGGAGCUUUUUAUUGACAUGUUGAGCCACCACCCCCCCCCCCAGCGGCGUAACCCCCCCCCCCCCGCCCCCGGGGGGGGGAGCCCGGACCACCCCAGGGGCUCGGAGCGCCCUUCGGAGAGUGGGGAAGGAGGGGGGGCCCCCGGGGGCAGCGCGGGAGCGGAGGAUUUGCCGGAUGGGGCUGCGAGCUUCCUUCCCCCCCCCCCCUUUUUUUUUUUUUUUGGAAUUAUUUUAUUUUUUUCGGGGGGGGGGGGGGAGCGCGUUUCCCAGCAGGAACGCGGCUCCCCGCUCGCUCCUUCCCGCGAGUGGGGCCGAGGCAGCCGCUCUUCCCGUUGCUUUUCUGUUCUUUUUUUUGAUUUUUUUUUGUUUUUUUUUUUGGGGGGGGGGGGUGGAUUUGGACCCCCACCCUGAGCCGGGGGGGGGGCACAUCUGCUCCUUCCUCCCCGCUGCGGGGCCGUUUUGCAGAGAGAUGCUUGUCUAGUUUGUACAUAUCAGUGAUUUGCACUUGGUUUGCCCCGUUCUCCAGCCUGCCCCCCCCCCCCGCACGCCCCCCCCCCGCGGCCCUUCGCCCCCCCCCAAUCCCCCCAGCAUCAGCCAUAGCUGAAAUGGGGUGGGGGUGGGGGGAAGGAAAGAGAGGGGGGAAAAAAUCCAUUCAUUUUCUGUUACUUUUAAGGAAAUUUUUGGGGGGAGCUGCGGUGAGGACUCUCCCCCCCAUUUGCCCCCCCCGCCCCAUUUGCCCCCCCCCCCCGUCCCAUCACUGGUUAGAGGCCUAAUUUUAUAUGUAUUAAAAAAACCAAAUCGAACUUGGACGUUAUCAAGUUAAAAUUAUUGUAAAAGUUUGAAUAUAUAUUAUAUAUAAAUGCAAUAAAAACCGAUGGAGAGAU